ACUUGGGCAUCAUCUUCAGCGCCGACAGCCGAAGCCGAUACACACACACCACAACCAUGUUCAAGUACUUGAUCCUCGCUCUGUGCGUGCUGGCUGUUGCCUUCGCCGCUGAGGAGUCCGCCCCCAAGGAGAAGCGCGGCCUGGCCUACGCCACCGGCCUCGGCUACUCCGCCCCCCUGGCCUACUCCGGACUGUACAACGGCUACUCCGCCUACGGCGUGCCCGCCUACGCCUCCGGCUACUAUGGCUACAGCGGCCUGGGAUACAACGGACUGGGAUACGCCGCUGCCCCCGCCCUGGGCUACGGAUACCACGGAUACUACUAGAUGGCCCAUCCCUAGCAUUCUCAACUUCUCCUGGUCCUCCGCCUUCCCUUCCAUACUGAUGCUGAACUUCAGGAAGAAACUGAGCCUUGCUGGAGCUUAAUAAGUGGUCAUCUGGAAUCAACCUGAGUAGACACUCGAUCGGUUCUACGAUCAAGCAAUGUCGACAUCACGCUCGAUUCCUUGAGCUGAAGAUCUGUAAUCAGUAUACACCUCCUACAUAGUCCCCAGAAAUAAAAAAACUUAGCAGAAAA